CUUGUCGGAUGCGGCUCUGCAGCUCUUGGAGCAGCGAAAUCAGGGUGGGAAGAGCCACGGGAUCGCUUCGGUGUGUCUAUUUAAGGGUGAGGGACAAGAGAAUGUGUCGCAUUCCCCAGCACAAGGACCCUCAACUUACCCGACAUCCUGCGACUCCUCGCUUAGUCUUUUUGUCCUAUCCCUGCCACGCGCAACCAUGGCCAGCGACAUGAAAACCUGUGUCCGGUGCCUGCAGUCGGUCGGCUCGAUGACCACGGACGAAGGCCUCCUAUGUCUUCUCAGUCAGGCUGAUGGACGCCUCGUCGAGAAGGUUUUUGAGAAGGAUCAGCUUCGAAGUCAGCGGAGAGUGGCUAGCGAUCCCCGAGAGGACACUUCCGCGGCAUAUAUUGUGACCGAACAUCAAGCAUUCAUCGUCUACAUAGGCGAAAGUAACCAGCUCCAGUGCAGCGCAUUUGUUCGCAGGAGGGAGAAGUGGAAGCCUGUGGCGCUAAAGGGCUUAGGGGACGUCGUCGUCCAUCCGACGAGCCGAGUCAGCGGGACGCCGACACCUAAUGGCGCUGUAGUGUUCUACCAGGAUACCGACGGCGCCAUCUGUACCGUCCGAUAUAUUGAGGAGACUAACUCGUGGGAGAAGGGCAUGCCAGUUUCCACCAAUGCCCGCAUCGGUACGCCGAUCUGCACAUUUGCAUCAGACAAGGCCGUGGUCGUGUCUGUGGUGAAUGAGGACGGAGACGUGUGUUGUCAUGUUCGCGACUUUGGAAUAGGCGAAUGGACAGAGACAAUCAUCCCCAACUCCCGGGGCGAGGAGCCCGUGACGAACAUACUGGUAACCCAAGAUAUGGAAAGCGGCAGGCUUGAGGCGUUCGUGUUGGGCAAGGCAGAGGUCGUAAAAAUAGGAGAGGACGGGAACCGAGUUACCUUGGGCUCAGUCUCAUCCUCGACAGGCGUGUUUGAGCCCGCUAGCGCGGCCGAGUCAGCCUUACGGAUUUUCAGGAGGUUAUUCGAGGGCUACGAGCAUACGGUGGUGUAUCAUCACAUCGUCGUUCACAACUACGAAACGCCGUACUAUGGUAGUAGUGGUUAUGUUUACUACGGGCCCUGGGAUAGGGCGCAAAAGGUAAAUAUUUCGGAACGAUGUGGGCAUUAUUUUGUCGAUCCGUGGUGCUAGCAAGGUGGGUGGAAGAAGGGGUUGACAAUUAGGUGCUGCGUCGGGCGCAUGGGUGCAGGCAUUGGAGGGAUUAGGUUCUGUUGGUAUUGGUGGUGAUGGAGACGACUUCGGUGACGUCUGUUCUCCCUUGUCAUCUUCUGCUGCUUCUCCUCUUCGUGUUGCUACUAGGAAUCCCACACAUCCCAACCUACAAU